GAUCAUGUGACCGUGAUUCAUCACGUGAUGCAAAAUGGCGACUUCGUACUGACACUCAAGGCAUGACAGUGAACUGCCGCUUAUAAUGUUAUCGCUAUUAGUUGUUAAGGUUAUCGUCCUCUUCGUGUUAUUCUUUUUGACGUUUACGUUAGGAUUCAUUCCGUUGAAACUGAUUCGAGUUUUUCGUAGACAGUCAUCCUCUCAAAAUUUCAACAGUGAACUGACACAAAUUGGCAACUCCGAGGAAUCGCGACCUGGCUACAAACGUGUUAUCAGUUUUCUCAGCUGUUUUGCCGCCGGUGUUUUCCUAGCGACAUGCUUCCUGGACCUUCUUCCCGAUGUGCGCCGAGAACUGACGACCGUUUUAGAUGUCAUGGAAAUCUACACAGGGUUUCCAGUGGCAGAGUUUGUUAUGGUCAUAGGGCUAUUUGCAGUCUUGAUCACAGAACAGAUCGUCAUUUCUGUGAAAGAGAGACGCUCUUCAGCGCGAGGUGACAGAGCACCUCUCUUAGCAGGAGGUGGUGACGACUGGCAGAAAAGUGCAACAGAAUCCACCCGGAGUCAACAUUCUAUAGCGGGAAUAAGUGAUCAACCUCACAUUGAACAUAACGAUUCUGAAAUACAAGAAAGUGAAUACGAAGAACCAGAAACGGAUCAAGAUCCGAAUUACAAAGGCAGCCGUGCACAUCACACUCGUCAAAAUGAAGAGCAUGUGCAUUCUCCUAUGCGAGCUUUCUUGCUCCUUGUAGCCUUGUCACUCCAUUCCAUUUUCGAAGGACUUGCUGUUGGUCUACAAACUAAAACAGGGAAUGUUUUGGGAAUUUUUGCAGCCCUAGUUCUCCACAAGAGCAUCUUAAGCUUCAGUUUGGGCAUGAAUCUCGUGCAGACAAAUCUCUCUUCAAAACUUAUGCUGCGUUCAAUUCUGUUCUUCUCGAUGACUGCGCCACUUGGCGUUGGAAUUGGCAUUGGAAUAAUACAUCUAUGGGACUCAACUGCUUCAAGUUUAGUGCAAGGCCUUCUUCAAGGUUUAGCCUGUGGAACAUUUCUCUAUAUAACAUUCUUUGAGGUACUACCACAUGAAUUUAAUUCUCACCACGAUCGUAUGCUGAAGGUCUUAUUCCUUCUCCUGGGCUACAGCACAGUGACAGGGAUCUUGUUUUUAAGCGACAGUGUGAGAAAACCUUUUUGUCCAGUUAAGCCAUCGGUUAAUGGCAGCAAUAUUGGAUAGGUUCUUUGUGCAAAUUGCAUAUUUAGUUACUUUAACUUUUACACAUUUAUACAUGCUAUAGUGAAUGUAAAACAUACCAACCAACAACUUAUGAAUAAUGUAUGUACUGAUGUAUUGAUUUUGUUUACAACACUGUACUCUGUAUAGCAUGGUAUGGAUUUAUGGAAAUAAUUUGUUUUCCGUUAUGAUAUUUAUUAAAUUGUGUCCUGGCCAUUGAAUACAAGUGCAUAAUAAGUAAAUACAUCUGCGUAACACACUUUAUCAUCAUUAAUAUUGUCAGUGCUCAGAUUCUAUGUUACAAGGAGUUAAAUCGAACAUAGUGUAUAAUAGCCUAUGAAGUAUUGGAGGAUGGUGCUUUGUCAUUAUGAUUGGUUACACCUUUAACAAAGCUAAGUAAAUUCAUAUAUUUACUUUUGACAAGAACCCUUAUAUCAGUUAUUGGUAUCACUGCUUUUGCAGGGUAAUGUUUUAGUUUUGAAUAAUGUUUAAUGUUAUAGGUACAGUGUGUGACUGCUUGAGGCCAGGUUAUGUGUGCACACCUUCUCCCUCUCAAGUAGAAAGUAACACAUGACCGAACAGUUGUCUUAUGUCAAAUUUAUUAUGGGGUAACAGGUCUAUGUGUUUUCCAUGUGACAAAGUGAACUUUCCAGAGGUUUUACAGUUCAAGUCAAUAAAGAAGAGCUCUAAUCAUCAUAUUCUCUACCCUGAAACUAAUGUCAUACAUAUAAAAGUGAAACCAUAGUAAUUUUGACACACUCAUAAGCACUUCCGACUACCAGCUUUAUGAAAGUUUACAAAGUAUGAAUUUUCUUGACAAAAUAAUCUCUUUGAGAUAUCAACAUUUUCACAGUCAAGUUUCUUUGGGUGUCUCAAACUUUAGGAUCUAAGUAUGUAUCCUACACUGACCAUAUGAAGUGACUUCUUUGUUGACAUAAGUUGACAUUAAAUAACAGGGUAACUCUAAACAAAGAGAUGUGAUGUUUCUAUGCAAAUAUGAAUAUGUGUCAAAGAGUUUUUUUAUACAAGAGUUUAUUAACAAUCAUUUUCUUUUUGUCAUGUCACCUUUAUGUACUGUCUUGGGUGUGUGAUUGAUACCGCUUCAUGCCAGGCGUUAACCUGGGGCAGGAUCUGAGCUGAUGUGAUUAAGUAGAUUGUGUGAUCUUUGUCAUAAUGGGAGGCUUGUAUUUAUAUCCUUUAGGCCACACUUUUUAAAUUUUAUGUUUCACAGAUUUAAUUAAGCUUUUCCACACAAGGUCGUUCGAAAUGAAAAUAAAAAUAAAUAAUUAUAUGAAAAUCAUUCAGAUUCUGCUGUGGAGAUAAAUGUGUAGCUGGCUUCUUGGAUCACUGAUAGUGAUGUGGACAUGGCCUUUUUAUGAAACUUUUUUUUGUUUUAGGCGGGUCUAUAUUACUAGCAGGAAACAUAAUAAAAAAUUAUGUUUUUAUGUUUAAUUUCUUUCUUUUUCCCGGCUGCUUUUCAGUAGGGUUGGCGGACAAUGAAAUGAACAAUAAAAUCUGAGUGGCCUUAUGAUAUUAACCUGCCAUGUUUUAAUGCUGUAUAUAUUUAUAUGCUUAUAUUCAGGUUACAAUUGAACUUUUUAUCUCCUGAGAAUUACUUUGGUUUGUAUUCUGAAUAGAUCUUUAUGCUUAGGAAUUUGAGUAUGUAUGUGUGUGUGUGUGUGUGUGUGUGUGUGUGUGUGUAACAGUUGUCUAGACUAACCCUUAAUUGCCAACACACAACAUCGAUCUUUGAACACAUUUAUUAACCAUAUUACAUCACUAAUCCCUGUGUUAUGUGCAAUUUAUCAUACUUCAAGAUUAUGUACUGAACCAUAUCUUCAUCUAUCACUGAAGUUGACCAUCAUGUCAUGUUUUGACUUUUAGAUUAUCUAACUGAUGAUAAUAAUUAUGCAAUAUAUACCGGUUGCCAUUGAUGACACUGCCAGGUGCCAGGUAUUUGGCCGUCCUGUCUAUGAAAAAGAUGGCUUACUCACCACAUUUAGGAGAACAUGCAAGUAUUGUGAUACAUAUGGGAUCAUGAGUAAGGUAUCGUGAUACGUAUCGGAUCUCAAAGUUGGUGUAUCGUCCCAGCCCUGAUCCCAACAGUAGUCAUCCGGACACAAACAGGGUGUCACUGGACUCUGAGAUAUAGAAGUUUUUCUUGGCCAUAACUUCCACAUCCUAGGUCGUCAGUUUAUCAUGAAGUCAGUAAUUUAUAGGGUCUAAAGGUAUGGAUGUUUAUGUUCUAAGCUUGUCUACAACAAUACAUAAAGGAUCUGAUUUCAAGAGCCAACCUCUCACAUGCAUUAAGUUUAUCUGACUGUACAUCCAAUACACACAAAUGUUGCUAUUUCAAGCAUGUUCACUUGUUCUGUUUUGGUUUAACAUGUGGUACAUUAUUACCAAUAACAAGUUUCUUGUGUUGAAUAGAAAUGGGAUCUUGUGCUGGAUGUUGUGUAGUCUGAAGGUUGGCUACACACUGCACAAUAACCAAUGUUGAAUGUCAUGUGUAUAUUAUCUUGACAAUCUACAAUACUGUUUUGUAUUUCUGUAAAUUACACUGGUUACCAUGGUUACAGGAGUAAAAUUAUUACUUAUU